AUGGCUCCCCCAAAAAUGGGCCCCUUCGAGCGUGGCCAAAGAUACACCGGCUUGACAAAACAAGCUCAGCUAUUUUACGAGCAACACAGGAAAGACUCCCAGUCAUGCGAAGAGAGUGCAAAGACGCUUUUUGAGGCGGCGACAGCCAUCGCCGCUGCUCAAGGCACAACCUUGGACCAAGUUUUCGGUUUGCCUGAUGCCUUCACCAACAUGGUGUUUGAUGGAGGCUUCGAGUACCAUGGCCCCGAAAGUGUCGGCGAGUUUCUCUCCUAUGCACAGUGGUUCUUCCUGUGCUCGCUCGUGGGACUUGGCAACGCGUCUGCUGGAGCGUCGUCACUCUUUUACUACAUCAGUGCCACGCUGUGUCUGGAACCCCGUAGCUAUCCGAUUUAUGCUCGGAUGCGCCUCGGCUCUUGCUUCCGCCUUGCGAGAACACCUGAAUCUCCUUUUCUGUACAAACGCCUUCUUCCAUGGGCUCGGCUAGGCCAUUUCUUCCAGGGCAAAGGAAACUGUACUGUUGUCAUGAUUGGAAUGGAGCUGUUCGAUGGUGACCUCACCUACGAGGACUCGACAAAACCCAUUCACGAUGUGGCACCCUUGCGACGGAACGCAUGCGCGCAUUCAACCAUCAUGAAGGCCAUUUCGGACAGCAUCUCCAAGCUUGCAGCCAAGGCUUCAAAGCAAGCAGAGGACCCCGAAACCACCUCAUCGUUUGACAUUCGCAAAGAGUUCGACGCCGUCGCUCAGUCGUUGAUCGCAGCAUACGACAAAGUUCCCGAUGAAGCUCUGGAAAGGGUGGGAGAUUAUGACAGGAUCUACCAAAAAAAGUAUCUUAGCCAAGAUCCUGACCUCAGCGACUUUGUUUUCGAGUUGAAGAAAGCGGCGCCUACAAACAUCAUUCGGCUCGACAUAUCCCACGGUUUCGCUGUCAACUCUCUUUGGGCGGAGACGGGGGCUUACGACGGUGCGUCAUACGGAAAGUUUAGCUAUGACGGUACCGAGGACAAGAUCUUCCUAGAGGACGAUGAGCUGAUAACGGGGGCGACAUGGAAGAAGGGGUUGUUGGCUGAGGAUACAAGGAAGAAACUCAUCUUCGACUUGACCAUCACCACCACGAAGAGGACCCUUGGACCCUUUGGCACCGGCGGCGACGAGAUCAGGGGGGGUGCCGUGGAAGAAGAAUCUUUCCAGGUUCCUGACAAGAUGAAGGUCUGUGGCAUGGUUGACCUGGCAAGCGAAUUCAUCGAGCACCGGGGCGACGUCGUCAUGGAAAAUGGGCCAUACAUUGCCGAGUUGCGGUUCCUUGUCGCUCCAGCCAACUGA